AAAUGAUUCUCUUUUGGAGAUGAUUUGGAUAAUUGUAUAGAACUGGAAUUGUUCGGGGACGUAACUUAUGGCUUCUGGAACGUUGGUAAUAGCCAUAGUUGUUCCUUUGGUGGUACCUUUUGGAGCAGCACUAUUUGCUCUAUUCUUUGUGCUUCAGUACAAGAGAUUAAGAAGACUGAGAGUGCGACUGGAAGUGGAACGAAGGCUUGCUGACAGAGCUACAGGCAACGGCAAAGUUGGAGUGACUAGACAAGAAAUAAGAGAGCAAUGCCCUUUAGUAAUAUAUAAAGGAAGAACCAGAUUUGGUAGAGGGCCGUAUAGAACUACGAAACCGGUCAUUGAGAGGGGAGAAGGGGACGAAGAACAUUCGGAAGGUGAACUCUCUCUUGAGACACAGGUCACAAAGAGCGGUCUCAUAACUCUGCCUCAGUCCUUAACGAGUUCUCCACGACAAAGUGUAGGAGAAAGUUCCACGAGUGCAUCUUCAAGUUUCAAGAACGAGAAGAGAGACUCCUUAUCUGCUUUUGUGGAGUUGGCGUAUUCGGACAAGAAGCAUACACAGCUGUUGGAGAGUACGAAACUUGGAAGGAAAAGUAUAGAAAAAGAGCUGGAUAUAAACAGGGUCCAUAGUUAUCCAAGUUCUCCUCGUAGACCCUGUUCCCAGCCAACAAGUAGAAAAAACUCUCGUGCAGACGCAUUGAGAGAACUUCUCCAUAUGAACUUGUUUGAAAGAAGGGAAACAGUACUAGGUUGGGCUUCCCAUCUACUUACAGGACCUGUUCUAAAUCCGAGUUCUAUUCCCGGAGGAGUGUGUUCUAUUUGUAUCGAGGAUAUAAAGAAAGGCAAAAAAUUGCGAUUAUUGCGAUGCAGACAUGCUUUCCAUGCACGUUGUGUAGAGCGUUGGCUUAUGUCUGCUAACCGUUGUCCUCUUUGCAAUCAAGUUGCGGUAAUUCCAAAGGAACGGUAUAGCGAACGUACUUCUAUCCAUGAUGAGACUCAAGUGAAUAACAACAACUCAAGAAUUCCUUUUUAUAGACGGUUAUGGAAUGGUAUUCGAGAAGCGUUUAGUGAUUAUCCAUCAGACCUUCCUAUUUUGAUAGAUGAAGAAAGGAAUCAUGAACAAGUCGUUUCUCCUCGAGCAAGCGAAGAAACUAUGUCACCAGAAGGAAGUGUAAUAGGUCACGGAAGUGAUGACCUUUGUCGUGUUUCAGAUGACUUUGAAGACAGUCAUCACAUUGUUGAGUUUUCACAGGAUAAUGCCGUGUUAUCCCCUAUUUAUCAAUCUAGUCUUUACUUUUCACCUGAUCAACGUGAAACUUCAUCGCAUUUGAUUGCAGACACUGCAUGAGUGAAAUGAUAUUGUCUAAAAUUCUUAUAUUUUCUAACGCAAAUUUUUUUGAAUAAACUCCAUUUUCUAUCU